GCCAAUCGGCUGGCGCCUGGCGCGGGGCUGGCUCUCUCUGCCCAGCGGUGUCAUGGCUGCCGCCACGGGCUGCCGCCGUGCCGUGCUGGGCGGUUUGGCCGGGAGCGGCGGUGGGGCUGCGGCGCGAUGGCGACGGCUGCUGCUGUUGCCGCCGCCGGACGGCUGCGCUCUGCGGAUGGCGCCUUCCCGCGGCGCCGCAGCAGAGCCUGGGCCCUGCCGGACGGUAACGGUGGAGGUGGGCGGCAGGAAGAUGGAGUUGUCUUCUGGGAAACUUGCUCGAUUUGCAGAUGGGUCUGCUGUUGUGCAGCUAGGUGACACAGCAGUAAUGGUCACAGCAGUCAGUAAAACUAAGCCUUCUGCAUCUCAGUUUAUGCCAUUAGUGGUUGACUAUCGUCAGAAAGCUGCUGCAGCGGGAAGAAUUCCCACAAACUAUCUAAGAAGAGAACUGGGUUCCACUGAUAAAGAAAUUCUUACAAGCAGAGUAAUAGAUCGGUCAAUCAGACCACUCUUUCCGGUAGGCUACUUUUACGAUACACAGAUCCUUUGUAAUCUUUUAGCAGUAGAUGGCGUCAAUGAUCCUGAUAUUCUGGCAAUUAAUGGAGCUUCAGCAGCACUUGCAUUGUCUGAUAUUCCAUGGAACGGGCCUAUUGGUGCAGUAAGAGUAGGACUCGUUGAUGGAGAAACUAUUGUCAAUCCAACUCGGAAACAGAUGUCUUCUAGUGCUUUAAAUUUAAUUGUUGCUGGAGCUCAACAAAAUCAAGUUGUUAUGUUGGAAGCAACUGCUGAGAAUAUAUUACAACAAGACUUCUGUCAUGCCAUCAAAGUAGGAGUAAAGCAAACCCAGCAAAUAAUUCAGGGAAUUCAACAACUAGUGAAAGAACGGGGUGUUGUCAAGAGAACUGUUCCGAAGUUUUUCAUUGCUCCUGAAGAGAUUGUGGAGUGUGCAAAGAAACUUGCUUUUGACAAGAUCUAUGCAGUGUUCACAGAUUCCAGCCAUGAUAAAAUUUCUAGGGAUGAAGCAAUUAACAAAAUAAGGCUUGAAACAGAAGAACAGCUGAAAGAAAAAUUUCCAGAGGCUGAGCCUUAUGAAAUCAUGGAAUCUUUCAAUGUGGUUUCAAAGGAUAUUUUUAGAAAUCUUGUUCUGAAUGAAUAUAGAAGGUGUGAUGGGAGAGAUUUGACUUCCCUCAGAGACAUUAAAUGUGAAGUGAACAUGUUUAAAAUGCUUCAUGGAUCAGCCUUAUUUCAGAGAGGUCAAACACAGGUUCUCUGUACAGUUACAUUUGACUCUCUAGAAUCAAGUGUAAAAUCAGAUGUUAUCUCAACAGCAGUAAGUGGAAUAAAAGAUAAAAACUUCAUGCUGCAUUACGAGUUUCCUCCUUAUGCAACUAAUGAGAUUGGCAAAGUUACUGGUAUGAACAGGAGAGAACUUGGCCAUGGUGCAUUAGCAGAAAGAGCUUUGAAACCAGUUAUUCCUCAGGAUUUCCCAUUCACAAUAAGAGUUACCUCUGAAGUCUUAGAGUCCAAUGGGUCAUCUUCAAUGGCUUCUGCGUGUGGUGGAAGUUUGGCAUUAAUGGAUGCAGGAGUUCCAGUAUCAAAUGCAGUGGCAGGUGUAGCAAUAGGUCUCAUUACCAAAUGCAAUCUGGAAAAAGGAGAUAUUGUGGACUACCGCUUGCUAACAGACAUCCUGGGAAUUGAAGAUUACUAUGGUGACAUGGAUUUCAAGAUGGCAGGUACUAAUAAAGGAGUAACUGCCUUGCAGGUUGAUCUAAAACUGCCAGGAAUACCAAUAAAAAUUGUAAUGGAAGCUAUUCAACAAGCUACAGCUGCAAAGAGGGAGAUUUUACAAAUUAUGAACCAAACGCUGGCAAAACCCAGACCUAACAGAAAAGAAAGUGGACCUGUUGUAGAAACUGUCCACGUUCCACUAUCAAAAAGAUUAAGAUUUGUUGGUCCUGGGGCCUACAAUUUGAAAAAACUUCAAGCACAGACUGGUGUAACUGUAAGUCAGCUGGAUGAAGAGACAUAUUCUGUGUUUGCCCCCACACCUAGUGCUAUGCAUGAAGCAAGAGAAUUUAUCCAUGAAAUCUGCAAAGAUGAUCAGGAAGUUAAUUUGGAAUUUGGUGCAGUUUAUACAGCCACAAUAACUGAAAUAAGAGAUUCUGGAGUGAUGGUAAAACUGUAUCCAAACAUGACACCAGUAUUACUUCAUAAUUCACAACUGGAUCAAAGAAAGAUAAAACAUCCUAGUGCCCUGGGAUUAGAAGUUGGACAAGAAAUUCAGGUUAAAUACUUUGGACGUGAUCCAACUGAUGGCAGAAUGAGGCUUUCACGUAAAAUUCUACAGUCACCAGCCACAACUGUUCUUAAAACCCUAACUGACAAAAACAGUAUUGUCCUGGGAGGUACUGUGCCACAGUCAUCUACUUCAUCUCAGUGACAGGUAAGGCCAGAGGCAGAACUUCAGGAGGAAAAGAUGUGAUUGUGGAAAUACAAGUGACCUUUGCUAGAAUCUGGAGAUACCAUCAUAAGAGCCUGCAGGUGGAUGGUAGUGAAAUCGUAUUUUAAAAUAAACACUAUUUAUGUUUGAAGGUGAUGUAGAACUUCAGAGUCAUAAAAUCAAUUAAAAACUUCCAAAAUAAAACCAGACACAACCAGUGCACUUGUCUUGUGUAGCAAGGGUGAGAAGAGAGCCAAAGAAUGUGGAGUUUUAUAGACUGAAGAGCAGACCAUUCCAGAGGGUAAGAUUCUUCUCACUGCCAUCUCAAAAAUGUGAAAAUGAGAAGGAAAUAUUUAACAAUUAUUUCCUGGUAGAAGGAAUUAUCCAUUAUACUUGGUUGAGAGGCACAGUUGGUUGAAGUUUACUGACUUUUCAGUAUACAAGACUGAAAUGUUGAGCAAAACGUGAAGACUUGGAAGUACCACCUUUAAUGUGACUGAAGCUGUUUCAGAUAAAUACAUCGAUAGCUGUCAUAAAGUUCAGACUUGCUAAAAUGUAUGAGCAGAAGGCAGACAAAACAAAUAACAUGGCUGAUGUCUCCUUAUUGUCUGGGUUUAUUAAUACUGAAUUUUAAAAUACAUAAGUGAAAUAAUUGUUUUGGAAUAAACAAUUGGUGUGAUAAAUCCUCAUCCUAAAUUCCACCCAGUAAGUGUUAUAAUUUUUCUACUGAUUGUUUCAUCAGUGGGUUGACUGAUCUCUUUUAGACUUCAGACCAUUGCCCAGGGGCUCACAGGAACUGCUUGUUUUUUGACUGUGAGGUACAAACUGAAAAUCGAGGUGGUGUCCCUUCUGAUCUUCACUACUUUGUAUGUAGACAUAAUAAGAAAAAUCAACUUCCCAGUUGAUGGCAAAUGGGCUCUGAAUCUCCUGAAAGAAACGAAGUACUGGGGAGAUGCAAAAUGUGAAUGUACAGUAAAAAUUGUUUGGUUUAUUGUAUGUUGGUUUUGUUUUUUCUCCCCUAAGUUGCAAUAUUAAAGAAGAAAGGAAUGGCUGGCCUCCUC